AUGGGUGGUUCAAGUACUAGUAAUGUACCAUUGGAGGAAGAUUUGGUAUACGAUGUUGAACUUCUUCCUCAUGAUCCGGGAAAAAGAAUAAACAUAAUGGAUUACCCCGCAAAUGAACGAAAUGCAGUUAGGAGGGGUUAUAUUCUUAAAAAACCUUGCCAACCAAAAACUCAUGACUUUCCUCAAAGACAAGUGUCUGGUUUACGUCGCUUUAGUAUUCAUUGGUUCAAGAAAUGGGAUUGGCUUGAGUAUAGUAUUGAAAAAGAUGCCACAUUUUGUUUUGUAUGUUACUUGUUCAAGAACGAAGUUGAUAGUUAUUCGGGGGGUGAUGCAUUUGUUGAUGGAGGGUUUAGGGCAUGGAAUAAACCGGAAAGAUUUGAGAAGCAUGUGGGUGGAAUUAACAGUUUGACAUUUCGUGGACAUGAUGAAAGCGGGGAGUCAUAUAAUAGGGGUAAUUUCCUUGAGCUUUUGAAAUGGUUAGGAGAAAAGGUUGAGGAAGUAAGACAACAUACUCUUGAAAAUGCACCUAAAAAUUGUCAAAUGAUUUCCCUUCUACUCAAAAGGAAUAUUAUUAAUUGUUGUGCCAAAGAAAUAACUAGGUGCAUAAUAGAAGAAGUUGGUGAUGAUUACUUUGUCAUAUUAGCCGAUGAGUCAAGUGAUGUGUCCCAAAAAGAACAACUAGCUCUUGUUUUGCGCUUUGUUAAUAGAGAUAGUGGAAAGGUAAUGGAGCGAUUUUUAGGCAUUGUUCAUGUUGGUAAUACUAUCGCUUUAACUCUUAAAGAUGCAAUCAUGUCUUUACUUGUUGAACAUUCAUUGAGUCCGUCUAUGAUAAGAGGGAAAGGGUACGAUGGAGCUAGCAACAUGAAAGGUGAAAUAAAUGGUCUUAAGACUUUGAUUAUGAAUGAUACUCCAAGUGCCUACUACAUUCAUCAUUUUGAAUUGUAUGACUAA